AUGUCACAGGCACUGGCGUAUGCACUUUCACACUAUUCCAUUCACACAGAGCUUUUUGACGUCCUAUUUUCGGAGCUGAGAGAGUCUGGACCCAGCUCGUCUCUGGCUGUAAAGAAUUUGUACAUUCUGCUUGAAUUUAUCGUUAUUUCUUCGCUUGUAAAUGGAUGGCCUGGAUAUCGAGAUGCAAUGGAGCUAAAGAUGCCGGCCAUCCUUGGUAUUCUGUUCCAUCCGCGCAGACAUCUCGACUAUCACAUCGACUGUACGCCCUCCAAGGACUAUGACAAGCUUACCGGAGACAAAUCCGAGCUUCAGGAACGCUUCGAGGAAGAGCGGGAACUACAAAAGCGACUUAGGGACAUAUCAUUUCGGAUAUCGCCUCCUCUGGCACAAGGGGCUCCAGACUGGCACCCUAUUGAUGUAAUUAUGAAAGGCAUUGAGAACGAUGCUCCCCUCUCCGCACUGGAUGUUAAAAUCCUGUCUGCAGACCUUCAAACGUGGCAAAACUGCAGACAAAAUAAAUAA